CCACUCUUCCAAAAGGAUAAGGCAAACAAAGGCUUCUUCGCACUCAUCAUCAUCAGAGUGGCCUCUCUCACUCCAUGAAUUCAUCAUCUCUUCUCAAGUCCUAACCAAGCUCUACCUCUACUCAAACCAUGGCCUCUAACAUUCUUCCUCAGGCGUUGUUUAUGAUUCCUAGAAACCCUACGCAAUGCCAUCGGAAGACGCUAGGGUUUUCUGCAUUCCUCUCUCGUCGUCCUUCUUCGUUGUGUUCGAUUUCUAGGGUUUCAAUCAGUGCAUUGGGAUCGAGUCGGUCUUUUGUUGCCAGAGCGGAGUCGAAUUCCGAAGGAGAAGCAGAAGCUACUACUGAGAAUGUUGAAGAUAAUGAAGAAGCUGUUGAUUCUGAAGCCCCUGAAGGAGAAGCAGAAGCAGAAGUGGAAUAUGAGAUUAAAGCAGAAGUAGAAGAGGAAGCAAAGCCGCCGAGAAAGCCUCGGAUCAAGCUAGGAGAUAUAAUGGGGAUUUUGAAUAAGAGAGCAAUUGAGGCGUCUGAGAAGGAAAGGCCAGUUCCGGACCUCAGGACUGGAGAUAUUGUGGAAAUUAAGCUGGAAGUUCCAGAAAAUAGGCGCAGAUUGUCUAUAUAUAAAGGUAUAGUUAUAUCGAAGCAAAAUGCUGGUAUCCACACUACAAUUCGGAUUCGGAGGAUAAUUGCAGGCAUUGGGGUCGAGAUUGUAUUCCCUGUGUAUUCACCAAACAUCAAAGAGAUAAGAGUACUUAGCCACCGGAAAGUCAGGAGAGCGAGGUUGUACUAUUUGAGAGAUAAGCUUCCCAGGCUCUCCACUUUCAAAUGAAAACCGGCGAUGCAGCUUAUUUUUGCCUUUUGGUGGCUCUUUCUCCAUAACUUACCAUGAAAAUUGGAAUAACUGAUGAAUUUGUCUUGAAUCCCACUUUUGAUGAAUAUAAAAUUCUGUCUUUUUUGCUUGAGGUAA